UCAGCCAAGCAAGGCGGAUGCUGGAGCUUAACGAGUUGGUUUCACGGACUACAAACGAAUUAUGCUAUCUUCACACUUACUCAUCUGCCUAAUCGGAUUGCCGCAAUUGUUUUUGAUUGUGCAGGGUGAUGGCAUGAUUGAGGUCUUCAAAUGGAAGCAGAUGGACUUUUACAAUCGCGGCGAUGGCCUUAACGUUGUUCCGGUUAAUCAAGGCCACCAGGGCACCACCAGACCCGAUAGGCCACUCAAUUCAGCUCCGGUGGUUUUUCCAGGAAAGUAUUCGCGUGGCAAACGUGAAAGUUUGACCUCCCGCGACAGCCCCCAGGGCGUUCGACCGCGCAUUGGUGCCAGCACUGAUAACGCGGAUGCUCCGUACAUUCCCUACAACAACGUGCCAAUGGGCGCAACCCAUUACCGGGGACGCCUCUUCGUCACGAUGCCCCGGCGGCGUGUCGGCAUCCCGUCGACCUUGAACUACAUCGACAUGACGCGCGAUGGCAGAGAACAAAGCCCCAAGCUGCACGCCUAUCCAAAUUUCGCGCUGAACCAGUUUAAUGAGAGUUCGCAGAAUCUGGUCUCGGUCUAUCGGACCACCGUGGAUGCCUGCCAGCGCUUAUGGUUCAUUGACACCGGCAUGCUGGAGUAUCCAAACAAUCGCCAGCAGAUACGGCGACCCAGCAUCUGGAUAGUUGACCUCAACACUGAUCGUGUGCUCAAACGCUUCGAGAUACCCGAGAGCCUCGUGGAGACUGGUCGCGGCUUGGCCAGUCUCACCAUCGAUGUGGAGCCCAACAAGUGUGGCGAUGCUUUUGCCUACAUUCCGGAUCUGGUCUACCGCCGCCUGUACGUGUACCAUCUGUCGGAUGAUCGGAUUUGGGCCUUCGAGCACAACUACUUUAACUUUGAUCCGCUGGCUGGUGAUCUGGAUAUUGGCGGUCAGGUGUUCCGCUGGGACGAUGGCAUCUUCAGCACAACAUUGGGUCCGCGGCAGCCGGACGGCAGUCGGGACGUCUACUUCCAUCCGAUGGCCAGCACAAAUGAGUUUGUGGUCUCCAGUCGCGUGCUGCAGCAGGAGUCGAAUGCCGCACGCUCCGAUCAUGGCAAUGAUUUCCGUGUGCUGGGCAGCCGCGGUCCCUCCACCCAGUCGACCAUGCACGACUACGAUCCGCGCACGGGUGUGAUUUUCUUUGCAGAAAUACAGCGGAACGGCGUGGGAUGCUGGAAGAGCAGCAAACCCUUUACCGUGGAGAACCAUGGCACUGUGGACUCGAAUGCCAGCGAUAUGAUUUAUCCCAGCGAUUUGACGAUUGACGAGGAGGGCACCAUUUGGGUUAUGUCCAACUCCAUGCCCAUCUUUAUAUACUCCACGCUGGAUACGGAUGUCUACAAUUUCCGCAUCUGGAAGCAGACAACCACAAAGGCAAAACGUGGCACGGUCUGUGAGUGAUGUGGAAUUGAUUUAAUGAUGUGUUACCCACUCCACUGGAAACUUAUGUGUACAUAAUAAUAAUAAUGA